CCCGGCUCGGGAGCCAUGUUGUGGGAUCUACGGGGCUUGAAUUCUGCUGUACGUCUUGUGCUGUGAGAGGCUCCGAGGCCGCGGCCGACUGCUGUGCGAGCUGUGAACGGAGGCCAGCUGCCCUGAGCCAGCCCGUGAGAGUCAGCGGGGUCCGGGGACCCCCCGGGCGGCCACCAUGAGCACAGGCUGCGACCUGUCCCGGAGGAAUCCGCAGGAGGAUUUCGAGCUCAUCCAGAGGAUUGGCAGCGGCACGUAUGGGGAUGUAUACAAGGCUCGGAAUGUCAACACAGGGGAACUGGCAGCGAUUAAAGUUAUCAAACUGGAACCAGGAGAAGACUUUGCGGUGGUGCAGCAAGAGAUCAUCAUGAUGAAGGACUGCAAGCAUACGAACAUUGUGGCUUACUUUGGCAGCUACCUGAGGCGAGAUAAGCUUUGGAUAUGCAUGGAGUUUUGUGGUGGAGGGUCCCUACAAGAUAUCUACCAUGUGGCCGGGCCGCUCUCGGAACAACAGAUUGCGUAUGUUUCCCGGGAAACGCUGCAGGGGUUAUAUUAUCUGCAUAAUAAAGGAAAAAUGCACAGAGAUAUAAAGGGAGCAAACAUUCUGCUGACAGAUAAUGGUCACGUGAAGCUAGCUGAUUUUGGAGUGUCCGCUCAAAUAACAGCCACUAUAGCUAAACGAAAGUCUUUCAUUGGAACACCGUAUUGGAUGGCUCCCGAAGUGGCUGCUGUGGAGAGGAAAGGUGGCUAUAACCAGUUAUGUGAUAUCUGGGCAGUAGGCAUCACAUCGAUAGAGCUGGCAGAGCUUCAGCCUCCUAUGUUUGACCUGCAUCCAAUGAGGGCCUUAUUCUUAAUGACAAAGAGCAACUUCCAGCCUCCAAAGUUAAAAGAUAAGAUGAAAUGGUCAAAUAGUUUUCAUCAUUUUGUCAAAAUGGCUCUGACGAAAAAUCCUAAGAAAAGACCUACAGCCGAAAAAUUGUUACAGCAUCCUUUUGUCACACAGCCCUUGAAUCGUACACUUGCUAUUGAGCUGUUGGAUAAGGUGAAUAAUCCUGACCACUCUAGUUACCAUGAUUUUGAUGACGAUGAUCCAGAGUUUAAGUUUUGGGGUAUCUUUUCUCCUGCAUCUCCUCCUGUGCGUCGGGCCCCUCGUUUUGCUGCCCGUCCCAAGCCUCCUGUUGUUGUUCCUCAUAGGAUUCACUCAACAAGUCGGAGCGUUCGAGAGGAGAAGACACGUUCAGAAAUCAAUUUUGGCCAAGUAAAGUUUGAUCCACCAAUGAGGAAGGAGACGGAGCCACAUCAUGAUUUGCUCGACAGGGACGAUUUUUUGGACAGUGCAGAAGAAAUAUACUACACUGCAAGAUCUAAUCUGGACUUACAGUUAGACUAUGGCCAAGGACCUCAAAGUGGCUAUUUCCUUGGGGGAAACAAGAGUCUUCUGAAAUCAGUCGAAGAGGAGCUGCACCAACGGGGACAUGUGGCACAUUUAGAAGAUGAUGAUGAUGGGGAUGAUGAUGAAUCUAAACACUCUACUAUAAAACCCAAGGUGCCACCUCCUCUUCCACCAAAGCCCAAAUCAGUAUUCAUACCCCAGGAGUCAAGUGCUUCUGAAGACGAUAACCAAGGAACCAUCAAGAGAUGUCCCAUCUCAGAAAGCCCAGCACGGCCUGCUUCUUAUGUACCUCCAAGACCACCACCUCCACGGUUACCACCCAAUAAACCAAAUGCGUUAGGUAAUGGAGUGGGUUCAUUCCAAGUGAAUGGAGAGCGGGACACUUCUUCACUUCCUCAACAAACAGAUAUCCGGACUUCCAAGUCACUAAGUGUGCCUACACGAAAAGAAAAGAAAGAUGUGCCGAAGCCAAUAAGCAAUGGACUUCCACCUACACCAAAAGUGCAUAUGGGAGCAUGUUUUUCAAAAGUAUUUAAUGGUUGUCCCCUGAAGAUCUAUUGUGCAACAUCAUGGAUAAAUCCAGAAACAAGAGACCAAUAUCUGAUUUUUGGUGCCGAGGAAGGUAUUUACACAUUGAAUUUGAAUGAAUUGCAUGAGACUUCUAUGGAACAGCUUUUCCCGAGACGAUGUACAUGGAUGUAUGUAAUGAACAACUGCCUCCUCUCCAUAUCUGGUAAAGCCUCCCAGCUAUACUCACACAAUCUUCCCGGCCUCUUUGAUUAUGCAAGACAAAUGCAAAAAUUGCCUGUUGCUAUUCCAGCUCACAGGCUUCCAGACAGAAUACUACCCAGAAAGUUUGCUGUUUCUGCAAAAAUCCCUGAUACAAAAUGGUGUCAGAAGUGCUGCGUUGUGAGGAAUCCAUAUACAAGCCAUAAAUAUCUAUGUGGAGCCCUUCAGUCGAGCAUUAUACUCCUAGAGUGGGUGGAACAAAUGCAGAAAUUCAUGCUAAUUAAGCAUAUAGAUUUCCCAUUACCAUGCCCACUCAUGAUGUUGGAGAUGCUGGUGGUGCCUGAACAGGAAUACCCCUUAGUGUGCGUGAACGUCAGCAAGGGCACAGAUUUUAACCAGGUUGUGAAGUUUGAGACGGUGAAUCCCAACUCCACCUCUUCAUGGUUUACAGAAACAGACAACCCACAGACAGACGUGGUCCAUGUCACACAGCUGGAGAGGGAUACCAUUCUAGUGUGCCUGGAUCGUUGUAUAAAAAUAGUCAAUCUUCAAGGAAGGUUAAAAUCCAGCCGCAAGUUGUCUUCAGAGCUGACGUUUGACUUUCAGAUUGAGUCUAUAGUUUGCCUACAAGACAGUGUGCUUGCUUUUUGGAAGCACGGUAUGCAAGGAAGAAGCUUCCGAUCAAAUGAGAUAACACAGGAAAUCUCAGAUAACACUCGGAUAUUUCGCCUGCUGGGAUCUGACAGGGUUGUUGUUCUGGAAAGCAGGCCAACAGACAACCCCACAGCCAACAGCAACCUGUACAUUCUUGCAGGGCAUGAGAACAGCUACUGAGAACCAACAGCAAAAAGAACUCAUGUCGCCAAGAAAACACUAUAGCUUGAGGGUCUACCGGCAUGGCAGGAAAAAGAUUGGAAGACAGUUGCGGAGAGUAUCGCGAGGUUUUCAUAAAUGCAAACCUGCAGUGUUGAUGCAGCCGUCAAGGCAAAGGAUUCUGUCUGUACCACGUUACUCACGAUACAGUGACGCGGAAAUGAUGUGGUUGCAGAUGUUGGAAUUGUGGGGAAAGAGUUACGUGGCAGGGUUGUAUGUCCCCGUGGACAAACCUGAGAACAAAGCAGCAGCAACACAUGAUCAUUUUAUAUACAUAUUAUAUAUAUAUAUAUAUAUACAAAUAAUUUAUUGUGGCAUGAGUCAGUGAUGAGGAAAAUGACGCUUCUAUGUGGUAUGGAGACAUUUCUUCCCACACAAGUGCUGCAUUCACAGUUGUGUAAUCUUUGCACACACACAGGUAGUAUUACAUCGCUAUCAUACUGCAGUGGCUGUAACCUCCUGUUGCUGAUGUCCUACCUGGAGCCCUACUGUAGAUAGUGAGACUUUUAUGAUGUACAAGUGUCUUAAUUGUACAGAUGUAAAGUUGGCCGGAGCCCCAGGUCUUCUCAUUUGCCCAGUCUCUAGUCGAGCUAGUUAAGCGUGGACAACAAAACACAAGAGUUUAUUAACACUAUGGUAUUUUUUAUUCCGUGUAAUUUAGUAAUGCCAAUAUAAAUUUUUGUAAGUUUCAAAAAAGAAAAAAAAAACUAAAACUAUAGAGAGGAUGUAAGCUUUUUAUGAUAUCCUUAACUUUAAUGCAAGUACACUGGUGUGAAGAUUUGCACAAGUAUUGUCGUGUGACACAUUGCACCACAGUGUUACCCUGUGACUGCUGGGAAAUGCGUCAGCUUCUGCCAUUAAUACCUUGUUCGCUUGCUUUUUUUGGGGUAUUUUAUUUUUAUAUUGUAAAUCGGCAGAUCUGGUUUACCUGAUAAAGGAUUUUUUUUUUUUUUAUUCACUUUGGCAC